AUGUUCGUUGAGAAACUAGCCGUUGGUGUGGGAGCAACCUGCUCUACCCUCGCCAUUCUGGCUUGUUUGGCGGUUGUGUCAUCCUUGUACAGUACCAUCAACGAACUUCACGCUGAAGUUCUCGAUGGCGUCGCGGUGUUUCGCGUCGAGACCGACUCAGCCUGGGCCCAAAUGAUGGACUACCAAGUGACUGUCUCUCCACCUGCCAAGCCUCGUCAGAACCCCUUCAGGUCCAUCUUCCGUGAGAAAAGACAGGCCCUCCCCUCGUACUGCCAAUGCACGCCUCCCACCGUCAACUGCCCUCCAGGACCACCGGGACCACCAGGACAGCCUGGACGACCAGGACAGCCUGGUCAGCCUGGACCACCAGGACAGGAUAACACGGUCGUUUACGCUCCUAUCCAAUGCCCUCCACAAAACACCGCCUGCAUUGAUUGCCCACCAGGACCACCUGGCCCACCCGGACAAGAUGGACAGUGUGGAAAUCCAGGACCCGACGGGCAGCCAGGAGCUCCUGGAGCACCAGGAAACGAUGGUCAGCCUGGACCACUAGGAGAACCUGGAGAUGCCGGAUCACCUGGAAGUCCAGGAUGUGACGGAGCCCCAGGCAACCCAGGACAAGACGGAAUCGCCGGCACCGUAGGAGCACCAGGAAGCCCUGGGUUGACUGGACCUCAAGGUCCACCUGGUGAUAAUGGAGCACCGGGAGAGCCAGGAUGCGAUGGACAACCGGGACAACCGGGACCCGCUGGACAACCUGGAUCUCCUGGUAUCCGUGGUCCUGACGGACCACCUGGACAGCCUGGAGUACCAGGCGUACCUGGAAGAGAUGCUGGAUACUGUCCUUGCCCUAAUCGCUCUACCGCUUACGUCAGCCCUAGUCCAAGUCCUAGCCCAGCUCCAGCAGCGGCUUAUCCAGUCAAGGCUAAGAAACUCAAGAAGCACUAA